AUGAAGUUCUUAGGAACUUUAAUAUUUGCAGUGUUAGUCUUGGGUGCAGUGGGUGCUGAGAGAAAAUCGCCAACAUAUAUGCGCGGUUUCCCGGUGGGAAGAUCAAGAUCACGUGCACCAUUUGGCCCUCAAUUAACGUGUACUAAUAAUCAGUAUGGAUCAUUUUGUGACGGUUGUUCGACCUUGAAGUUUUGUGUUGGAAAAGAAAACCCGGUUACCACAAUAAAUUGCGCAGAGUCAAAUCCAAGCCUUCCAUAUUGCGUAAAUAAUCAGUGUUCGUCGAAAACUGAUGAUGAUAAUUGCAAAAAUGAAGGAACUACAUGCGCGGUUGUUGGAUAUCAACCAGACCCGAAAGACUGCACAAGAUACUUAUUCUGCAAAGAAGGUAAAGGCCAGGUUUACGUAUGCCCACCUAACUAUGUAUAUGAUCAUUCUAAAAAUAUGUGUAAAAAGAAAUCGUCAGAAGCUGAUUGCGCCAUCAUGAAUUGCACAAAUCCCAAUUCUUUUAUAACCUAUGCACCAGACCCAUCAAUUUAUGCUUGGUGCAAUGACAAAUUGCAACCGAUCGUACUGAAAUGUGAAGACGACGUCAACGAAUGGUUCGACCCAAAAUCUUUCUCGUGCAGAAUUGCGUGCAAAAGUGAAAACGUCUUUUCCGAUCGAAGGGAUUGUAAAAAAUAUUAUCAAUGUUUCUUGGUUAACAACAAAUGGCAAAUAAAACAUUAUGAUUGUCCAAAAGGCUUGCACUUUGAUAAAACAGAGUUGCGAUGCAUACCUACGCCAACCGGCGAAGAAUGCAAAAGUGAGAUCACUAACUAA